GAAGCUGCAACUUUAAUCAGAUCUUCUUGAUCCCAGAUGGAUCUUUUGUGUGGGGUUGGUGCUGGGCCGAGAUGCAGAGGCUGUCACGUGGUGGGCAGGUGGUGAAAUGGGGCUCAGGGCCAUCAUCGACUCACCUGGGCUCAAGGUUUCAAGAAGGGAAUGGUGCUGGUGGUGGUCAUUGCAUGCUCCCAGUGAUGACUGUGUGGGGUUAACGAUGUGCUGUUUUGCAGGAACCAUGAGCCGCAAAGUUGUGAGGUCCAGUAAGUUCCGUCAUGUCUACGGACAACCGGUGAAGGCUGACCAAUGCUAUGAUGACAUCCGUGUUUCUCAGAUGACAUGGGAUGGGAACUUUUGCUCUGUCAACCCCCAAUUCUUAGCCAUCGUCGUGGAGGCUAGUGGUGGAGGAGCCUUCCUGGUCCUGCCAUUGUCUAAGACUGGUCGCCUGGAUAAGGCCCACCCUGUGGUCUCGGGGCACACAGCUCCUGUGUUAGACAUAGAGUGGUGCCCCCACAAUGACCAUGUUAUUGCCAGCUCAUCUGAGGACUGCAGUGUUAUGGUCUGGUCGGUGCCUGAAGGGGGUCUUACAAGAUCUUUGAAUGAACCCCUGGUGACUCUUGAAGGCCACUCUAAAAGGGUGGGGAUUGUGACCUGGCACCCAACAGCCCAGAACCUCCUGCUGAGUGCAGGCUGCGACAAUGUCGUAAAAGUCUGGGAUGUGAGUGUUGGUCAAGCGGCCAUUUCCUUGGAUGAGUUGCAUCCGGAUGUCAUCUAUAGCGCAGCUUGGAACCAGGACGGUUCUUUGCUCUGCACAGCCUGCCGGGAUAAGCACGUGCGGCUUUUCGACCCUCGAGCAGGGGACACCACUGCAAAUGAAUUGCCACGGGCCCACGAGGGCUCUCGUCCAGUUCGGGCCACGACUGUGAAGGAUGGGAAGCUUUUUACGACAGGGUUCAGCCGCAUGAGCGAGCGACAGGUGGCCCUGUGGGACCUGAGAAAUCCUGAGGAACCAUUAACUCUUCAGGAGCUGGACACAAGCAGUGGUGUACUCUUGCCUUACUAUGACCCAGAUACCAACGUGGUUUACCUGACUGGCAAGGGUGACAGCAGCAUCCGAUACUUCGAGCUGACCGGCGAAGCUCCCUACGUGCACUAUUUAUCCAUGUUUACUUCCAAGGAGUCGCAGCGAGGAGGCGGAUGGAUGCCCAAACGAGGGCUGGAUGUGAGCAAGUGCGAGAUUGCCAGAUUUUACAAACUACAUGAGAGGAAAUGUGAGCCCAUCGCUAUGACGGUGCCCCGGAAGUCAGACCUGUUCCAAGAGGACCUGUAUCCUGACACAGCUGGUCCAGAUCCUGCCUUGACCUCAGAGCAGUGGCUAGCAGGCAAGGACGCAAGCCCCAUCCUCAUUUCCCUCAAGGAUGGCUACACUCCCCAGAAGAGCCGAGAGUUCAAAGUCAACCAGACUCUCCUGCAGGGGCCCAAGAGAAGUCAGCUUCCACACGAAGGGACACAGCAAGGGGGUCCAGCUUUAGAUCAGCUCUCAGAGGAUCUGAAACGACUGCAAGCUACUGUGUCGGAACAGGAGCGACGCAUCUCAGAGCUGGAGAGGAUUGUGAAGAAAUAGCUUCUCUCUC